AUGGCGAAGGACGAAAAUGGCAAGCGCAAGGCCAGCGAGGAACCUCCGUCGCAGGUCGCCACUAAGCGCGCGAAACACAGCGACUCGGCCGAUCCUGGCAAGAAGCCGGCCAUGGAGCCAAUCCCCUUCCCAGAGAAGCCCGCCGUCAUCGAAGAGCGAACCGGCGAGAUCGAGUUCCGCGUAGUGAACAACGACAACGAGCGCGAAUCCCUCAUCAUUCUCACCGGUCUCAAAUGUAUCUUUCAGAAACAGUUGCCCAAGAUGCCCAAGGACUAUAUAGCCCGACUUGUCUACGACCGGACUCAUCUGUCGAUAGCGAUCGUCAAGAAGCCGCUCGAAGUCGUCGGCGGCAUCACGUACCGCCCCUUCAAGGGCCGCCAGUUCGCCGAGAUCGUCUUUUGUGCGAUUAGCAGCGACCAACAAGUCAAGGGGUACGGCGCGCACCUGAUGUCGCAUCUGAAGGAUUAUGUCAAGGCCACGAGCGACGUCAUGCACUUCCUCACAUACGCCGAUAAUUACGCGAUAGGCUAUUUCAAGAAACAAGGAUUUACAAAGGAUAUAUCGCUGCCGAGGUCAGUGUGGAUGGGUUAUAUCAAGGACUACGAGGGCGGCACCAUAAUGCAGUGCUCCAUGCUCCCGCGAGUCAGAUACCUGGAGAUGGGUCGCAUGCUUCUUAAGCAGAAGGAAUGUGUACACGCCAAGAUACGCGCCUUCUCCAAGUCGCAUAUCAUUCACCAGCCGCCUAAGCAGUGGAAAAGCGGUGUGACGGCCAUCGACCCUCUCUCCAUCGAAGCGAUUCGCGCAUCAGGCUGGUCGCCGGACAUGGAUGAGCUGGCGCGGCAGCCGCGGCAUGGCCCCAACUACAACCAGCUGCUACAUCUGCUCAACGACCUGCAAAACCACCAGUCGGCUUGGCCUUUCCUUCACCCGGUGAACAAGGACGACGUAGCGGAUUAUUAUGAAGUCAUCAAGGAGCCAAUGGACCUCAGCACGAUGGAGACCAAGCUGGAAGCAGAUCAGUACGGCACACCAGAGGAAUUCAUCAGAGAUGCCAAGCUCAUUUUCGACAACUGCCGCAAGUACAAUAACGAAACUACGCCGUAUGCCAAGUCUGCCAAUAAGCUUGAGAAGUACAUGUGGGCGCAGAUCAAAGGCAUACCCGAGUGGUCACACCUCGACCCCUAG